AUGAAUGAACUCGUCCUGUCACCCACCGACGAAGACAAUGUCACCCUUCGCCACAGGUCUCCGCGAUCUGUCAACCUGACCUCACUUUGCGACCUGGGUACAUCGAGUCCAGAAACACAGACUCAUCACGUUAACACUCUUCAAAAUGAUACAGUGGCCGAUCUGAAAGAGUACUUCAGCAAACUUAUACACAGCCAGACAGAAAGUCUGCGCUCGACAAUAUCUGAGCUUACUGACACAAUCAAAAAGCAGAAUAACCGGAUAGAACAACUUGAGAGUAGAGUACACGAGCUAGAAAGCGGAAGGAACGAUAUCUCAGCAAUUACAUCCCUAGAAAAAAGGAUUGAGGAUCUUCAAACGGAAAUUGGUGACCGGGACCAGGCGCUUCUAUCAAACGACGUGGAAAUUUCUGGCUGUCCCGAACAAGCUGGCGAGAACAGUACUCACAUCGUCAUCGCCCUCGCAAGGAAAAUUGGAGUGGAGCUCGACGAGAAAGAUCUAGUCGCAGUGGAGAGGGCGGGGCCCCCGCGGCUCGCGCCGCGAGACGGCGCGCCCGCCCGCCCACGGCCUCUGGCGGUGCGACUCACUCGCCGUGCUACGCGGGACGCCUUACUCCGGGCGGCGCGCGUGCGUCGCGCUGUCACCACCGAGGGCCUGUCGCUGGCGGGCCCGCCGCGCCCCUUCUAUAUCAACGAGAGGCUCACCAAACACCACCGCCAACUGUUUCAAAAGGCGCGCGAACUUGCGCGCAAUCACAACUUUAAAUACGUCUGGACCCGGGAGGGAUGCAUUUUCACUCGCCAAGCGGAGGGUAAACCGCGCCAUAGACUUCGAUCUGAUGCUGACCUGAGUAGGGUUUUUGGUUUAUCGGAAGUUUGA